AUGGUCACCCGUCAGGCGCCCCAGUCCACCAGCUGUUGUUUCAUGGUCAGGGUGCCCCAGCCCAGCUGUGGUUGUUUUAUGGUCAGGGCGCCCCCAGUCCACCCAGCUGUGGUUGUUCCCGGUCAGGGCGCCCCAAUCCACCCAGCUGUGGUUCCAUGGUCAGCCGUCAGGGCGCCCCCAGUCCACCCAACUGUUCUUCCAUGGUCCGCCGUCAUGGAGCCCCCAGUCCACCCAGCUGUUGUUCCAUGGUCAGGGCGCCCGCAGUCCACCCAGCUGUUGGUUCAUGAUCAGGGCGCCCCCAGUCCUCCCAGCUGUGGUUGUUCCAUGGUAAGGGCGCCCCCAGUCCACCCAGCUGUUGUUGUUGCAUGGUCAACCAUCAGGGUGCCCCCAGUCCACCCAGCUGUAGUUGUUCCAUGGUCAGGUUGCCCCCAGUCCACCCAGCUGUGGUUAUUGCAUGGUCAGCCGUCAGGUCGCCUUCAGUCCACCCAACUGUUGUUCCAUGGUCAGGCACUUCAUGUCCACCCAGCUGUGGUUGUUUCAAGGUCAGGCGCCCCCAGUAUACCCAGCUAUGGUAGUUCCAUGGUCAGGGCGCCCCAGUCCACCCUGCUGUGGUUGUUCCAUGGGCGCCCCCAGUCCACCCAGCUGUGGUUGUUCCAUUGUCCGGGCGCCCCUAGUCCACCCAGCUGUGAUUGUUCCAUAGACAGGGCGCCCCUAGUCCACCCAGCUGUGGUUGGUCCAUGGUCAGUGCGCCCCCAGUCUACCCAGCUGUGGGUGUUCCAUGGGCGCCCUAGCACACCCAGCUGUGGUUGUUUCAUGAUCAGGGCGCCCCCAGUCCACCCAGCUGUUGUUCCAUGGUCAGCCGUCAGGCCGCCCCUAGGCCACCCAGCUGUUGUUCCAUGGUCAGGGCGCCUCCAGAUCGCCCAGCUGUUGUUGUUCCAUGGUCAGGUGCCCCCAGUCCACCCAGAUGUGGUUGUUCCAUGGUCAGCCGUCAAGGCGCCCCCAGUCCACCAGCAGUGGUAG